AUGGCGCGCAUAGAUAGACACUUCCAACAAUUAUAUCGCUGGAAUUUCGAGCAACCAGAUCCUCAUUCCGUCCAAGUUACAAUAGAAUUUCCUUCAGAUUUCAGUCCGAAUUCGAUGACUUAUGAAUUAAAUGAUGAAAAAACAGUUUUUCAGGCAUAUUUUGAUAAGUUAAUGCCAGUAAUCAAUGGAACACUAUUUGAACAGGUUCAAUCGUAUACAACUCAAGUCGAAAAGGAUCACAUUUUAAUUACAUUUCAAAAAGAAUCAGAAACUAAAUGGGAUUGUCUUAUUAAAGCUAGAAAUCCUACAACAGACUCUGUUGAUCCUCACUCUGCAUUUGAUAUAUUUUUGCACCUCGCUACACACUUAGAUGAGAACAGCGAAGAAGCCGAACGAUAUCUACAGUUUUCAAUGCUCUCAGGUUACACACCUGCUAUGCUCUAUGGCAUUGAAAUUUUGGAAGAUGAUCCAUCAAAACAAGGAUUUGUACGUGAUCUUAUUAGUGUUGCAGCAAUCGAAUAUGGAGAACCAGCUGCUGUCUUCAGAUUUGCAUUAAUCUUAAUACAAGAAGGUAAAACACAAAAUGGUGUUCAAUUAUUAUCUUAUGCAGCACGUGCUGGCAUAGGAAUAGCAUAUUCACUAAUGGGACAAGUACUAUCACCACUUUCUAGCAUCGAAUAUUCAGAGAAAAACGCUGCAGAAGCAAUGAAAUGCUUUGAACUUGUUUUGGCUCAAAAAGAUGAGCCAAUCGCUCUUUUCGAAGCCGCAAAACUUCUCAAUGCAGGCUUAGGAUGCCAAAAAGAUACUGAAAAGGCUAACGAUUACUCUAGACGCGCAAAAGCAAUUGAACCAGAGAAGCUUCCAGACAAACUACCAGAAUAUAAACCACCAUCCAAAGAUUUUAAGAUCUUUGGUAUCCCAGUUUUUGCUGCAGCGGGUGCAGCUACUGCUUUGAUUGCAGCUGGAUCGUUAUUAUCUUUGUAUUUCAGAAAUCGCAAAAAUUAA